AAAAAUAAUCAAUCAACAGAAUUUAUGCUGCUACACCACAUUCCACAGCAGAGAAUCUUAAUACUAUUCUAAUGAGUGAUUAAGAAAUAAACCUCCCCUCUAAUUAAUAAACUACUCCUUGAGUAGUCAUGUCACGUCAAACCUCACCCAAAAAUUCCAACUUUGAGAGACUUCUGUAGUGACUAGUGAUUAUCAAUUCAAUUCUCUCUCUCUCUUGUAUGCAUCGUGUAUGUAUAUAUCAUGAUGUCGGAUCGUCUCUCUCACGCGGACUCCCACAGAUCUUUCACAUCACCACCACCAUAACACCGGAACACUGCCUCAAUAUUUCAAUUUUUUCACCCCCAAUUCUCCAAACCCUCAUCGCAGAUCUUCAAUUCCCCUCCAAAAAUCGAAUCUUUUUCAACAACAAAAAAAAUGCAAAAUCCGUACUCACAGGUUCAGGCGCAAUCGCAGCAGCCUCAAUUCCCGGAGCAGGAGCAGCUGAAAUGCCCUCGCUGCGACUCCCCCAACACCAAAUUCUGCUACUACAACAACUACAAUCUCUCCCAGCCUCGCCAUUUCUGCCGCAGCUGCAAGCGCUACUGGACCAAAGGCGGCACCUUGCGGAACAUCCCCGUCGGCGGCGGCUCCCGCAAAACCUCCAAGCGAAGCUCCUCCCAAACCACCUCCGAAACCACCUCCAAACGCCCCGCCGUAGCCGCACCCCCGCCUCCGCCCAAAGACGGAAAGAGCAGCGAUCAGGACAAGGCCGGCGAGGUGUUCGACACAUUGCCGCUGAGAGGAGAGAAUUUCACUGGGCAGUUUGAUACCUUGGGCUUCAGCUCCUUGCUGGGCUCAGGUGUGGACCACUUCGACGGUUUUCUGGACCCUAAUGGGCCAGCCCAUUUCGAUGAAACGGGUCCGGGCCCAGAUGCGAAUCCGGGUUUGGACGUUUCCGGAGGCGGUGAUGGUGAUGGUGAUGGUGAUGGUGAUGGUGAUGAAUUCUUGAAUUUGCAGGGCGGCGGCGGCGGAGAUUGGCCGGAUCUUGCGAUUUACACACCUAGCUCGAAUUUUCAGUAGCAUUGAGGUGAGAUUAAUUAGGAAAACAAAAGCAGAAUCUGCAGAGGAGUUAUUAUCUGCUAAUUUUUUUUAGUUUUUUCGGUUUCGGAAGAGUUUGUUGGUUGUUUUUGUUUCUAAUUUUCUGAGGAAUCUAAUUAUAGUAUUUAAGAAAAAUGAAAAAUACGUGACUAAUAUUGUAAGAAUGUUUCUCUAGUUGCUGGUGUUUAUGAGGUUUGGUUUGGUAUAAGCAUUAAUGGUGGAUGUAUAAUGUGUUGAUUGAAUUGGACUUUA